AUGAGCUAUAGUAAAAAACGAAAUAACGAGUUACUAUUUCCAGUGGCUAAAUUACAAAAACAUUUUCCCUUAAUUGAAUGGUGGCAAGGGAAAGAAAUUUUACACAAAAUUCAAAAAAAACAUAAAAGAGAUUCUGAAAAAAAUCCUUGUGAUAGUUUAUGGGGAAAGUUUAUCAAUUGCUUAAGAAAAUACCCACAUACAUUUUCCAAGUGUAAAAUUGAAGGUACACGAUAUUUACAAUGCUUGUCAUCAAUAAGCCAACAAGAUGACACACAAAAACCAACAAAUUAUAUUAAGGUGUUAGAGUAUUUUAAAAUUUUUAAUGAAACAAGCAGAUUUAAAUACAAACCUAUAGAUUUAAAAGACUAUUCUUUUUCACAAAAUUUAUCAUUUCACAAGGAGAGCAAAGACGACAACAAAGAUCUUUAA